ACCCCCACCAUAUAACAUACGAUUUCCAAAAGAUUUUGAUCACUUAUCUUAUUCGAUCUUGAGAAUUAUUAUUAUUUUGUUAAGAAUGAUGAGUUAGAUUAAAAGAACUUUUUGUGGUAACUUGUAGUAAUAUGAUAUUUUCUUAUUUAAGAUUUUCUAAAUUUUAAGUUUUAUAUAUUUUAAAAUUACUUUUUGGAGGGAACCCAAAUAUAUGAAGUUUAUGGAUCCGUUACACAAGCACCCCGGCCCAGAUGGGACCUGAAAACUUCUUUCAUUCCUCCCCCUCGUUGGCUCUUGCCGCCUUUCUUAAAUGCCCUCGAGCCUCUUUUGCGCUGCUUAGAAUCCGUCGAUUUGACCCCAUAUGAGAGGAACAAAUAUAAAAGAGGGGGGACGAUGGCUUGAGAAGAACUGCUCGCCGCUAGAGGAACUUUGCGUGGGAUUCAGACAGACUCUGGGGAAAGGGUUUUGAAGAAAAGAGAGUCGAUCGAAAUUUGUGGCAUACGUGGGUAAAUUUUAUCUUUUUCUCUAAAUUGAAUUACGAAAUUGAAAAUUUUAAUUUUGACAAAUAAUUACCUAAUGACAUGUCAGCCACAUAAGCUAUUUUUGUUGACUCGUUAACGGUGAAAAUUGCUAACAUAUAAAAAGUGAAAAUGGUUGACUAAUAGUAUUAAUAAUUAAUGCAAAAUUGAAAAAAAAUUUUGUCAAUUUUUUCAAAACUUAGCCUAGCCAUAUUAUUAGAAAGUUUAGGCAGAAAAAUAUCAUUCACAUCAAAAUUCGAUCAAUAUAUAUGAUAUUAUGGCUAUAAUCUAUAUUUGAAUGGUGGACUAGUGGGACUAGUCGGGCUAAUUAAAUCCCCAACGUGGCGUUACCGCAUAUUCUCGGUGGGCCAAUUAUUGACAAUUUUAAUUGGGCUGUGUAGUGGAGAGUAAAUAUUGGGCUUUUUCUGCUUUUGUUAAUACUUAAUUAAUAGUAAAAUCCAGUUGGCAAGAUAACCGACUUUAAGCUCCCAGAAGCCAGAAAAGUGUUUCGUGGAGCGUCCUUUUUUAUUAAAAAAAUACAAGUGGCCACGAAAUUUAUGCAUGCGUCCAGCUGGCAGGGCAGGUCAGCAAAAAUUACAACUCGUCCACCACGUGGCACGUAAACGUGUACACCUAGAAAUAGCUUGGAGGCUACGCCGGAACCGACUUCAAACCUCCUAUUGCAAUUAUAAAUAGCUGACAAGACAUCGUGUUCCUGCUAUUGUUACCGUUGCCCCCAAUAAGCUUCCAUGGGAUCUCCAAGGACGAGCAUCGAUGGAAAUUAGGUAAACAAUCUCAGUUUGGUUCUUCCUUUUAGGGUUUUCUAUGAGGCUUGAGUUUGGAGAGCAUUUCACCGUCUCUAUUCCUCCUUGUUUAUUCCUGUCUGCUUCAAGAAUCUUAUCCUCGUUCAAGUACAGGGAGAAAACUCUUCCCUAGUUCCCUUCUUGUUUUCUAUUUGUCCCGGUUGCCCUAGAAAUCGAUGAAAUCUUUGUAUGAAAGAUAUCGUUCUUUUUUAUCUGGAUGCCAUUACCGGUCGCCGCUCUCUAUCCUUCACAGAUUAGUGUGAUGCUCCAAGUAGUUGCUGGUGUCCCCGAUGAUUUUACGAUUGUGAUAAAAAAUAGAAUUUUAUGGUGUGAAAUUGUUACUCCGAUGACAGACGACAAAUGGUAAUAAGCUUCGAGGGUUGAAUUUUCUGAUGCCAUCACUUCUCCCGUUGAGGUAUGUUUUCGGAUUGAUCCCUUUCCAUUGGUUGAUCAUAGAGGGCGUGAAUUGAAGUGAUUUUUUUAAACCUCUCUGUUCAUUGCAAUAAUUGUUUGGAUAAGCUAAUUAGUGGUUGGAAAUUGGAAUGACAUUAUUGAUGGGUUUUCAUGUUGUUUCCUGUACGCAAAGGUUUCUAGCUGAUAAGGAAUUAGCUAUGUUGAUUGACGCAUUCAAACCCACUCUGUACAGCUCCUUUACUUUAACAAGCAGUUGCAAUUUCUGUUGUAUCAUUCCUCCUGAACCUCAGGUGUAGUGGCUGGCUGUGGUUGUGGAUAUUCUUCAGCUGCAUACCGUUGCUGCUAUCCCUGUAUAUAAACAUACAUUGAAUAACACACAAGUCAGGAUUCUAAGUCUAUUUCACUAGCUAGUGUCUGGACUAUGCAGAGCCUGUUGGGAUUCUUUUGAAUUGUUGCUUUUGUUGAGAACUUAAGUGAGACAAAAUUCACUAUAAAAAUUGAGCCCUUUUAUAAUCAGUUGAAGGAAAAAAGUUUUCCAAAUCUUGCUCCUGCCUCUGGUCUCUCGGUUGAAGCAAGAUCAAUAACGUGUUAGCCCUGACGGUUGUAUAGUACAUUCAGACAAAGAGAAGAGGCAUUCUAAGACAUUGUUACUUCUUUAAUUCUGUAAAAACAGUUGCAAUAGGGUCCAAGGAGUGAGUUGGGAUCUUUUGAUAGUCCUAGGUGCUCUUCUGCCCAUCUAUGAAUUUAUCUCUUUAAGGUGUAUGCAAAUGGGGUCCUAGACGAGAACUUUUUUCGAGUUGCUCCUCUGCCCUGCAUAUCGUUUUGGUUGCUGUGCUUCUCUGGGGAACACGAUGGGAGUUAAUCCUUAUGCUCUGCUUGUUAUCUUGUUGGUUGUUCCGUGGUAUAUGCUAAUGGGGUCCUAGAAAGGAACUAAAACUAGUCUAGUUGCCUUUCUGCUCUAUUAAUUAAUUUUGGUGGCUACUCCGGGGUAUAUGCUAAUGGGGUCCUAGAAAGGAACUAAGACUAGUCUAGUUGCCUUUUUGCUCUAUUAGUUAAUUUUGGUGGCUACUCCAUGGUAUAUGCUAAUCGGGUCCUAGAAAGGAACUCAGACUAGUCUAGUUGCCUUUCUGCUCUAUUAGUUAAUUUUGGUGGCUACUCCGUGGUAUAUGCUAAAGGUGUCAUAGAUGAGAACUAACAGUUCCCUUAUGCUCCACAGUUUCAGUCCUAAAAGGAAAUUAAGCCUUGUCCAAAUUUUCUACCAAAUGGGAAAAACCAUCUGGUUGUAUGUCUGUGAUACCUAUUUGUCCUCUAAUUGUCCGUUGGUGCCUGGUGGUUUGAAUUUGAUUAAGGAUAUGAUGCUAAAUAGUAGGGUCCUAGAAGGGGAUACUUCUGGAUUGCCCUUCUGCCCACUUGAACAUAUCAGUUCACAUUCUACGGUGGAGUCCUAGAAGGGAACAUGAUUAGACUUGUUGCCCUUUUGCUCCACCUAACGCAUCAUUGUAUUUUGUAGUGCUGAUAUGACUUCCGAUCUUUAAAGAGAAUUGUGCCGAGUCCCGCUUGCUCAUCCUCUUAAACCAUCAGAACUCAGAAGUCUUAGUACAAUAUGCUUGUGAUACGUGAAAUGUUUCAGAAAUAAAAUACGGUGCGAGUGAACGUCCUUUUGGGAUGUGGGGUGCUGGUUGAACUUUCAGAGGGAAAUUUUGUUGCUGGUCUCGUGUGGGUUACUGCUGGCUUGCCCUUUGGAAUGGAGAAUUAGCCUUGAAACUUCGUUUCAAGUUAAUAGUUUGCAUCAAAUUAUCCUGUUGGUUUAGUUGGGGAAUUAUCGUAGAAUGUUGAUAUCUUGAUCAUUCAGAAGCAUUGGAAGAGAACUUUAUUCUGGUAUGGAUUUGUUGCCAUUUUGAGCUGCCGGAACUGUAGUGUCAUGCGGGAAAGCUGGGUAUCAAUCUCUGAAUUUUUUAUUGUUGUUGUGUAUCCAACAUGAUUACAACAGUAGGCCUUUCUUCUUGCUCAAUAUCAGAAUACUUGCUCGAACAGCUGCCCUUUCUGAAUUUGCUGGAUAAGAUUGGUUUUGAAAGCAUUUGUGGAAAUAGAGUCCCAUGGUUAUGAAAAUAAAGGGAAGGCUAUAUUUGGCUAUGCUUUUAUUGUCUGUUAUCCUCUUCCUGGAGCAUAUCGAUUUAUGGUUUGAUAUGACGGGUUUUAUCCUUCUUUUUUCUGGUUUUAUACUCUUUAAUAGUUGCAAUCAGUGGGAGUAUGCCCUUGAAGUACUCUGUUGCCUAUUGGGAUUUUUGGCCGAAUGGUUGCUUAUGUUGGAAAUUUGGUGUUCAAUAUAUUCAUCCCUCAGUCUUGAGUUCAAAUUUGAUCACCUUGUUUAUCACGACUUCCCAAUCUUGUCCCGAGCUCAUAAUAGAUGGCUAACAUAUGAGUUUACACAGCAACAACUAGUGUAAAGGAGUAAGUAAUAGAAUGUUGAGGCCGAAGGUAAAUAUGCAAAUGUCUCUUCAUAUACAAGCAUGAGGUACUGCAUGCAAAAGAGUAUGAAACUUACCUUUAUUAGCUUUCCUUGUGCAUUGUUUUGGGCAGCCUUACAGAUAGCUAAGAGGUUGCAGAAGAUUAGAGUACCUUAUUGCAAAUAAGGCAAUCUUUCUAUGAUCCGUUCUUUGUCACUAUGAAACUUCAGUGGGGGAAGUAAAUUGGUUAUCAACCAGCUCUUAGUGAUUAGGUGCCUCACUGGUAUCUAAAUCUAAAGUGAUCCGCUUUAGACUUUGUUUGUAAUCUCUGCGAAUCUGCUGGGAAUGAGUUAUUUUACUUGAUUUGAUAGAGUUUGAGUCCAAUGGGGGUGGUUAGGGUCGUGUUGCAAUUAAUUUCCUGCGAGUUUUAGAAGUGUUGGUUAUCGAGCUUUGUUCCCUGAAUUAUAUUUCCCUGUUCCCUAAAUUAUAUUUCCCUGGAGAUCAUUUGAUCUUUUAAGAAGAGUUGUGGCUAAAAGGUUUCCUUCCUGUAUGAAUGGUAUUUAACAUUUCUUCCAUUGGUUCUGUCCUCUAACCAAGUUCGGUGUCCUUUACUGAGUAUAAUGCGUUUAGCUGGGUAAUUAGCUAUAUAUUGAAGAAUCUUGUGCUGAAGCAAACAAUCAAAUCAUUUAGGGAAUAACAAGACCCUUGAGAUUAGUAUUGUUUAAUGUGGACUUCAUAGAUGCAAAUGGAUUUCCAUCUAGAUGCCUUUGGCAGUUCAAGCCGGCUGCAGAUGAGACUUACCAUAUUCUUUCUAGCUCUCUGUUCAUCUCGUAGGUGACUUGAUUCACUACACUAUUUUUCCUCUAGUUGGUUUCGUCUGGGGAUGGGUUGGUUGAUUUUGAGCUUCUCAUGAUAAGUAGCCUAUUCUACUUUGAUAACCAUCUUGACUAACAACUAAGGUGCUGGGCUAGAAAAGAUUGCACUAUAUAUGUCUUUUCUUUAGCAUUACAGUGUCUCCCGUGCAAGUGAAAGGCUCUUAGAACCAGAAACAAAGUUUUCUGGGAAACUAUCAUGAUAAAACCAAUGUGCUUGUUCGAUGUGUGGACUUCUUACAUUUGCGAGUCUUGGGAGGGAAGACUCCCAACUCUGCUCCAUUUAUGGUGCCAAACCCAGCAGCUACUUAGAAUAUGCUUAUUAUAUUGAUGCGAUCUAAGAAAACAGCUGAAGAGAGUUUUGUUUUUGUGAUUAAUGGCGUUCAUGUGAGCUAUUUAUUUAGUUUGACUGCUGGCUUCAUAUACUUUUACUUGAUUCAACAGUUGAAAUACCAGAACAAUAUAGAGUUGAUAGGUUUAUUCAUCAGGUGAGCCUUGGGAUAAAUCUGAACAGUGCAUGUGUUACCUCUUUUCUACAUGUCAAUAUUAACUUGACGUUGGAGAGACUCAAUUAAUGUCUAUGGAGGCAAAUCUAAUGGGAAAGUUCAGUGUUAGAUUCUUUUCAGCUUGGUUUGAAGUAAGUUGGGUUUUAGAUUCUUUUCAGCUUGGUUUGAAGUAAGUUGGGUUGUUGUUGCCUGAAAUGUUACUUUCCAGUUCAGCCUAUAGUGAUUGCAUUUGGAAGGUUUGUACAUAUGGUUCAAAUCCAGUUCCUGCACUGCAUAGAACCUCACCUUCUUUGCCUCUGGUGAUAAUUUGGAGAAAAUGGGUAGUACAUCUGGUACCACCUGGUUCCUGCUCCACUUUCCUGGCCUCCAGUGACAAUGUCUGUUUUGGAAAUUUCUCUAUCGGAAGAUCUAUGGCCUUUGAUGGAUCUCUCCUUUCCAAGUUCUAAAUGGGAAAAGUUCGCUACAAUUCUAUGAAUCAACAAUUAGAUGGGUUACAUUUUACUAGUGUGAUAAAUCCUAUAGAAUGCUUUGGAGUGUUCAGGAGAAAUGCUUUAUGCAGGUGGGUUUCAGAUUCUGGUAUCUGUCUAUUGAAUACGGCCCAUAACAUUGAGUUCUCUUGUGGCACAUGUGCCUUUUGCCUCCUUUUAUUUACCUCAUUCGGUGGUUCCUUAUGGUUGAAGUAUUUGCAGGUUGAAAAUUCUUUAGUUUUAUAAGAUGUUAACAGUGAGGAGACUCAAACAGUAUGGUGGUUAUGGGUUGGGGUGGUCCAUUUGAUUCUUACUGACAUUGCUGCUCCGUUUCUCAACAGCAGUCGUGGUAUGUGGGCAAUCCAGUGAUUGUAGUUCUGCCACCCUAUUACACUACCGGUUCCAAUUCCUUGGUUUCGGUCUCUUGUUCUCUGUUGACCCUGCUGUUACAGUUGUAGGAGGCAGAUGUGCUUAUUCUUGACUAGCUUUGACCCUGCCCGUUGGGCAGGUAGCUCUAUUAUUAUGUUACUAAUUUAUUACUUUAGUUGGUGACAAUAUUUGGCGAUGUCCAUAAUUUUUAGGAUAAUAGAAUGCAAUCUAGGAAGGGCAUUUAGUAGUUUUAUAGCCUCUGAUUUACGACCUUGCACAAUGAUAUAGGGUGAUAAAUGGUAUUUGGGCGCACUUUAUUAGAUUUUUUUUUUCCCGAGUAAUGCCAAGACAAUAGUUAGAAAAAACUAAUACUACCCACAAUCCCUCCCUAUCCCACUUACAAAUCACCUCACAAAAUGAAAAAAUCUCUUCUUGUUCUCUGUUGACCCUGCUGUUACAGUUGUAGGAGGCAGAUGUGCUUAUAUUUAGAUAGUGGCUAUUAUGGAGUAUUACAGCUGAAUUGAAUAUGAUGCUUGUGGUGGUGCCUUUUUUGGAUGAUUUCUGUUUGUUUCCAUUGCGAAGUGUGGUGGCAUUACAUCAUAUGUUAUCACCUUAGUUCUUAGACAAUACAUGGGCAGGAGUGGUUUUGAAAGCAAGAGUUGGAACAAGGGCCGCAUGGGGGUCAGAACCAAACUGGAUGGGGUUACAUCUGCAUGCUGUGAUUGCAUCUACAUGAUGCCCUGAAUGGUUUGCUCUGUAUUACUUUGCCCUUCUAUAGUCUCUGGAAUUGCUGUUACUUGAGAAUCAAAGCAUGAUUGCCAUAGUUUCUGCAAAUCUCUGUCAUUCUAUGUGAACUUCUGUAGCUCUUUGUUAACUGCAACUAGAGUCGAUGGUUAUCCAGCUUCACUCCCGCGUGUCCUAAGGAUUGCUUCUUGCAGGUUGAAACGAUGUGUUGUGGCCGAAAGAGCUUGCGCAGUAUAUUACGCCAUGUCAAUUGUUUUCAACUGGUACGGAUUGAAGUGAGUGGGUUUCCCUUCUUGGGUGUAUGUCGUCUAGCGUAUUGGUUUUCAUUUGGAUGAUCUGGACUCGGGUACUGAGUUUAGGACUGCAAUGAUCUUUCAUGGGAAGGUAAAAGACCCUCAGGUCAGUUCAAGUAGGAAUUAUUUUCUUGUCUGCUUCUAGGUUGUUGAUUCUGCUUCCGUUCUUAGGUUGCCGGAUCCAUAAACUACUUGUAGUAAG